AUGGAUCUCCCGACUUUGGACUUGUCACAAUUUACUCAUGGAAACAAACAUCAGCGUCAACAACUUGCGUCCUCAUUGCUCAGUGGCCUUAAAGAGCAUGGAUUUGUUAAGCUCAUCAACCAUGGUGUGCCCGAGGGUUUGGUAUCUGAAAUGUGGAAAUUGGUAUGUAACAAGAAUGUCCCUACCAAAUACCAAUACUUGUAUUAACGGCUCCGGGAAUAACAGAGCAAAGCCUUCUUUGAAUUAGGUCAAGAUCAGAAAGCCCAUAUAGCACAUCAACCGGGUCCGGAUCCUCAACGAGGCUGGAGCCACGUGGGUGCCGAGAGUAGCUCCGGGCUUUAUCGGAAGGGGUUUCUUCAAUCAGGGGAGACAAUCAAUCUCAAAGAUGCGAGAGUACGCUUUUCAUGUCCCGAGAAACAUUGCUAUAGUUAAAUGUGAAAUAUAGGAGCAUUGGGACCAAGGACCAAAAACAGAUACUCAAUAUCCCAACAGAUGGCCAGAGAAGAGCAGCAUUCCAGGGUUUCGUCAACCAAUGGAGCAAGCCUUCGAUGCUCUUGAAAGGGUUAGUUCAACUAUCAUGGAGGCACUGGAGGCUUCGCUUCAUCUUCCAGCAGGAACCUUUUUGCAGAAGAUUACCCGAGAAAAGAAUGCAAGCGAGCUUCGGAUGAACCACUACCCAGGAAUUGAGGUCUCGGAAAUCAGAGGUGGGAGAGUUAGUCGUAUUUGGCCACACUUCGAUCUUGGGGUCAUUACACUUCUGUUUCAAGACUCGGUCGGUGGACUGGAAUUUGAGAACCGCCAGCAAAAAGGUACAUUUUGUCGAAUUCAAUGCGGUUCAACAUCGGAAAUGGUUGUGAAUGUGAGCGAGACACUGCAACGAUGGACAAAUGAUUUUCUACCUGCAGGUCUCCAUCGGGUCAGCUUGCCUCCAUUGCUAGAGAACUGUGAAGAGGGAUUAAUACCUGAAAGAUAUUCAAUCGCGUACUUUUGCAAAGCUGACCGCGAUGCUUCCGUGGGAGCAUUGGAACCUUUCAAGUCUCCAAACACGAAAUAUAGGGAUAUCACUGCUCUUGAAUAUCAACAGCAGAGGUUGGAGUCAGCGUAUUGA